CCUAAAUUUACUCUCUUUUCAGCAGGAGCUUAGAGCUUAAAGAAACCCUGCGACCAGUGCAGAGAGUCCGAUCUUCAACACAGCAGGCGCAACUCGAGAUGGCUGAAAAGCAAGGGCCUGUGAUUCCGGAGUCCGUGUUAAAGAAACAGAAGAGGAAUGAGGAAUGGGCUUUGGCAAAAAAGCAGGAGAAUGAAGCUUUAAAGAAGAAGAAUUCUGAGAACCGGAAGCUAAGUUUUAUCAGAGCUAAGCAAUACUCAAAGGAGUAUGAGGAGCAGCAAAGGGAGCUGAUUCAAUUGAAGCGUGAGGCAAGAUUGAAAGGGGGAUUUUAUGUUGACCCUGAAGCUAAGCUUUUGUUCAUUAUUCGUAUCCGUGGUAUCAAUGCUAUGCACCCGAAGACAAGGACGAUAUUGCAGCUUUUGCGUCUAAGACAGAUAUUCAAUGGUGUCUUUCUGAAAGUGAACAAAGCAACCGUGAAUAUGCUGCGCAGGGUUGAACCUUAUGUCACUUAUGGGUACCCCAAUUUGAAGAGUGUGAGGGAACUGAUUUACAAAAGGGGUUAUGGCAAGCUAAAUAAGCAGAGGAUUGCCUUGACGGACAAUUCGAUCAUUGAACAGGGUCUGGGCAAAAACGGUAUUAUCUGCAUUGAAGAUCUUGUCCACGAGAUCAUGACAGUUGGGCCUCAUUUUAAGGAGGCUAAUAACUUCCUCUGGCCAUUCAAACUUAAGGCACCACUGGGUGGUCUGAAGAAGAAGAGGAAUCACUAUGUUGAAGGAGGAGAUGCUGGGAACCGUGAAGAUAAAAUCAAUGAGCUCAUCAGGAGGAUGAAUUAGAUUUUGGUGUUAUUCAGUUUUUGCAGGUUUGUGGUUCUUUUUGCUUCUCAUUGGCAGUUGGAAGAAUCUUAACUCAGUUUUUCUUCCUCUUUUAAAGUUGGAAAGUAUUUUAUUUUUCAAGUGUAAGACCUACCAUGGUGUUGACAACUUUACUUUUAGUUUUGGCAGUUGUAUCUUUGAGACUUUAUUUCCUUCUGUUA